GCCAAAGAGCCUCUCCAAAGUACAGCAGGCACGGUUGGCGACUCGUGAGCAAGUUCAAGCCGUGCUCCAUUCGUUGGAGCUGCUGGAAGUUGAGCUGAAGCCGGGCAUAGUUGGGUACCCAAGUGCCAACCCGAAGAAAGGCACUCAGCGACUGUAUCACGAUGGCAAGCCUUUUCUGUAUGAUAUGGAGAAGGGCGACGGUUUAUGGAUGGAGCUUGAAGCGGAUGACCGAGUCCGCAUCAUUUUGAACCCUGAUGAAGGGUCGCCGCUUUUCGCGGGGUUUCAGUUCCUGGCGAAUGCGAUGUUGCCUGUGGCUUUCCGGCGGGACGAGUUGAAUGUUUGGUCUGACUUCCUGGCUGAUGCGGGCUCGGAAAGCUCCUUGGGCUACGAACAAGAUAGGAAUGGAUUCUCCCCGUCAGGAGACGAACGCCUCGACUUCGACAGGACAGUUCAGAUCUUGCAGUCGAUGACGGGGAGAGUGCUCAGCAAGCACUCGCAGGGCCGUUGGCUGUCGUGGGGAUUUUCGGCCCAGUCUUUCACGAAAAAAUACACGGCGACUCUCCUGGCCGUCAUGUGGACGGGCAUGGAGGAGGGCCGCAACCCGUUCGUCGAGGAGAAGACCAACCAGGACCGCUCCUACGACCGUGUCCUCGACUUGUGUGUCAAGGCAGGCUCUCUUGGUAUGCGACAACGCAGUCUUCAAUCUUCUGUCGUCAGGCCUUGUUGGAUGAAGAGGCUCACAGCUUGUUUCAGUCCGUGGCUGAAAUGGUGA